GCGUGCCAGUGCCUCCCGUCCCGCGACAUCGCGCGCCAGACCCGCGCCCGCGCCCGCCGCCGCUCAGCGUCGCACCGACGGCCUUUCUAUAAAGACAACUCGCCGCGAACACUCGCACGCAGUCACGACCCAACCACGUUCACUCGUGCACUCCGCUGACACGCGACAUACACAAGCCCGCGAAACACUUUACCCACAACUCGCCUCAAGGAAGGAAGUAAUCAUCACCAGUGAUAACAUCUCAGCAGCGAUGGCAGAAAACGACUGGGGCUACAGCUGUGAGAACGGUCCAGCUACUUGGACGGAGAAGUUCCCGGAAGCUCGCGGGGCCCGCCAGAGUCCGGUAGACAUUGACACAUCGCGCGCCAGCAGCGGGGGCAGCGCGCCGCCUCUCAAGUGGCGGUACUCCGUCAACCAUCCCCGCUCCGUCGUCAACCCCGGCUACUGCUGGCGCGUCGACGAGAACGGAUAUGACUCCGAGCUGCGAGGCGGUCCCCUCGGGUCUGACGUGUACAAGCUGCAGCAGUGGCACUGCCACUGGGGCGCGGUCAACGGCGAGGGCUCAGAGCAUACCGUGGACGGACGCUCGUUCUCCGGAGAACUACACCUGGUGCACUGGAACACCACCAAGUACAACAGCUUCUCCGAGGCCGCCGGACAACCCGAUGGCCUGGCUGUUCUUGGAGUCCUUUUAAUGUGCGGUAAGAAACAUGAUGAGCUGGAUAAAGUCAUUCGGUUGCUACCGUUCAUUCAGCACAAGAACGACAAGGUGACGUUGUCAGACUCGCUGGACCCGGUGAAGCUGCUGCCGCCACACAACGCGUACUGGACGUACCCGGGCUCGCUCACCACCCCGCCCUGCACAGAGUCCGUCACAUGGAUCCUCUUCAAGGAACCUGUACAAGUUUCCGCUGAUCAACUGGCUUCGAUGCGGAAACUAAAGUGCGGUGAGGCGUCAUGCGGAGUGGAGGCCAUGGAGGUCCUCCACAACUACAGGCCGACGCUACCGCUCGGCAACCGCGAGCUGCGCGACUACAGCCACGGCAACUAACAGCGGCGACACGCGGCCUCUCCUGCAUCACAAGUGAUGUGCUACCACAGGCGGUAUCAGACACAACCAGACACUGAGGUGCGGAUUGCGCAGUCACUCUUCCAAGUAGCGCACCAGCGGUUCUGUUCGCAUUCCGGCUAGCUAACCUAACGGGUGGCACGUGGGCCAAGCCUACGUAAUCCGUAUAAAUGGUGCCUAAACAUUGUAGUACCUACCUACCUAUGUUCCGUAUAAAACGAAUCUCGUCAUACUUAAGUAUGAAGUGCCUAGUUAUAGUUCUAAAGAUAUAUAUAUCCCAAAUACGUAGGUUUCGUAGUCUCGUUUGAAUAUAAACAUAAAUUGCUAGACUAGUGUUUCAAUCAUCAGAGAGAUUUGUUGCGUCGUUCGUCAUACUUGGUUAAACAUUUAAACAUAUUUGCAUUUAUCAUGUUAAUCAAGGUAUAGUAAGUAGAUAAACAUAUGGGACUGGAGAUGAAUGUUCAUGUUUAUGUGGUCGUAGCUUAUGUAGAGAAAACAAUCAAGUGCCUCUACUUCUGCAAAUUAAAUGUUAUUUGUAUUGAAGUUUAUAUUAAAUUAGAUAUGAAACAUUUAAAUCUAAUUUUCACGGGCCAUAUAAUGCAAGCCCUCUAACGAAUAUAUUUUACUAUGUAUGAAAUUCAUACGAAUAAUUAUACAUUAUUAUUAUAAAGUAUGUACAUAAUAAGUUUUGUAUGGUUAUAAUUUACAUACAAUAAUAUCCCGCGGCUAUGCCUGAUCGUAUACCUACUCACAGACUAUUGUUACUCGAAUAAACAAAAGCAAUUGUACCUUUGAUGAACAAUUUAUUAGAUACAUUAAUCAUUUAACACAUUGUAUUUGGAUUGAGGAAGGCGAUGACUCUAAAUAACAAUUAGUUCUGUACUUAAUAUUCUUAAGAGAAAACAUUUGGCUACUAUUAUAAAAUAACCGACUUAUGUUUUCUGAAAUCAUAAAAUAACCCAGUACAAUAACAUCUAUGAUUGUAAAGAAAUACCAAUUGUUUUUGUUAUAGCUUGUAGGUACUAACGGUCUAAGCAACAUUACAAUUUAUGUUAGAUCACUGAUCUCUAUCUUUUGACUAUGGCAGCAUCAGGGUGUUCAGUGAGAUCGUGCUGGGAUAACGUCACUUGAAACAUCUCAGUUUUAUUAUAGUCGACUGAAGUCAAACCAGUGUCUUGACUGAACAACUUACAUAAUACGUAAUAAGUUAAGUAUUGUAUGUACCUUAAAACAAGAGUGCCUCAAAUGUAUGCCCACGUCAUAGUUAUGUUAACUGGGACGGCAUACGAUAAAUUUUAAUGUAAUUUAUGUUAAGGUAAGGUUGAUGAAGCUUAAAGCAAUGUACACAAUAAACAUAAUUUUAGAUAA